AUGUUUUUCUCACAAUCCGUCGUCCUAUCCGCCCUCAUGGGUUUGGCUGCCGCACAGUCGCCUUCAUCUAUAUUAUCAGCACCAGUAGUCUUGUCGACUGGGUCCGCGGCUGCGGGUUCCGCACCAGAAGGCAUGGUCACUACACACAUUGUCCAAGUCGGUGGACCCAACGGAUCUCUCACAUUCCUUCCCAACAACGUCAAAGCCGCACCUGGAGAUCUUGUCCAGUUCCAAUUCUAUCCAAAAAACCAUUCAGUCGCGCAAUCCACAUUCGACCAACCCUGCGUACCCAUCCAGAACGUCAUGUCCAACAACACCGACGCCUUCUUCUCUGGCUUCAUGCCCACGAACGCCUCCCUCGCCUCAGCAAACCAAAUCCUCACUUACACCAUUCGUGUCAAGGACGAGCGGCCCGUCUGGUACUAUUGCACUCAGGGACAGCAUUGCCAGGCCGGCAUGGUCGGUGCCAUUAACGCUCCAGAAUCUGGCAACAGGACCGUGGCCUCUUUCACUGCCCUCGCUGCAACCGCGCCUGAAAAUAUCACGCCUGGUUCCGCAUCGGGCUCUGGCUCUGGCUCUGGUUCCGGCUCGUCGUCCAACGGCUCCACAGGCAACACUCCUCCCUCGCCAUCCGCUGGCAGCGGUGCUGCAGCGGGUGGUGCCGAUGGUGCGGGAAGCGGCACUGCGGAUAGCGCGCCUGCCCAGGCCACAGCCAACAUUGCAUCCACUCUCAGCAGCCAGUCGAUCUUCAGUCUCGGUGCAGUGGCUCUUGCCGCUUUUGCCCUAUUGUAA